AUGGGACUCCUCGAUCUUCCCCCAGAACUUCUUGACCUGAUCAUUGACCGUACCGCACCUGAUGGUCUUGAAAGCUUCGUGCUCUCAUGUAAGACUGUGUAUGGACGCGCUGCGUCCCAGAUCCGACAGCACAAUGACAUGCGCAAGACUUGGAGCCACACGACUAACAUGAGCCGGACUCGUCGCGGUGACACACUGGCUAUCCUGCACGACAUCUCUCGCGAUCCGAUCAUUGCUGAGUACAUUGAGACUCUUUCUCUCUGGGAUCGCCGGCAAGACGAUGAAAUGCCGGAUGAUUCCACCCCGCACAGUUUCCGCGAAGAUGAGCAGGAGAUGGAAAAUAUCAGAGAUUUGCUGCGGCGCGCCGAAUAUUACGCCGAUGCUGACGAGGAAGAGUGGUGGGGUCGCAUUCUGGAAGAAGACAGAGCGGGUGACCAGUCGAACAUGGACAAAUUGUAUGCGACCGUCGCUUUGUUAAGUCUUCUACCCAACCUCAAGACGCUGCAACUGCCUGAUAGGUGGCAUGAGGUCAGGGAAGGUGAGGGCGCCGAGGCUCUUGUUUCUAAUGUGCAGUCGCUUGUCGCCAAGUCCAAUGCAAGUGAGCACCGGCAGAAGCCCCUGGCUCGGCUCGAGACUCUGUUGCCGUUCGUGGAGGAAGGGUAUGACGUCAGAGUUGGCUUGCAAUGUCUUGCACCUUUCAUGACUCUCAAUAGUAUACGAAACAUCUACGCUGUCAGCUGCGUUGCAGUUGACGAGGAUUGGGGAGGUGUUCCCUUCAACUGGCUCAACCCUAAUGUCAAAUCUCCUUUGACCCGUGUCGAAUUCGCCUACUGUUGCAUGGACGCUACGGGACUCUCGGCCUUCCUCACAAACACACCAGCUCUCCAGGUCUUCAAGUACUCACACCAAACAAAAUGGGAUGGUCUUGAACACGACUGGAACGCGGGCGAAAUGAUCGAGGCCCUGGCGAACUACAACAGCAAUACUAUUGUUGAUCUCGCCAUCACCAUUGACGAGCUGCACGGCGAGAUUGUAAACGGUCUUUCCUCGUUUCUGCGCUUUACCAAAUUGCAAAAGCUAGAGGUGGACGUUGAAUGCUUCUGUGGACCACCACUGGAGAGCGGACAGCGCCAGGGCCGUGAUGCGCAUGUUCCGACUGGCGCGAGGACGUGGGGGCAUAUCGACAUUCCCUGCAUGGGUGACAUGCUUCCGGAGAGUAUGAGAGAGCUGCAUGUCAACACAAACUUCCCAGAGCCGUCGGAAGAGUCCCUUAGGGCUCUGUUCAAGAACAUCGUGGUGCGACGUAAAGACAAGCUCAUCAACUUACAUACGGCGAUCAUCCGACAGUACGGGUCAUCCAGUGCGGGAAAGAUUGCCGAGAGCCAUGAUGUCAUUUUGGAAGUAUUCGGCGCCGAUGGUGACAACCUACUCCCAAGGUCCAUGAUGCCACUGUGGAAGAGAGAAUUCAACAGUCGCGUCGGCGGCAUCGUAUUCACAAAUAGCUAG